AUGGCUUCACAAGGAAGACAAACAAUAAAUAGACUUAGUAGUAUGCUGCCCAAAGGUGGUGGUAAAGGACUAUUUACAGGAACAGGUGCAGUUUUAGCUUUAGGAACUCUUGGGUUUGGUAUAAAUGCUAGUUUGUUUAAUGCAAUAAAAUAUACUAGGAUUUCUGGUGUUCAAAGAAAAAUUUAUAAUGAAGGCACACAUAUUAUGAUACCAUGGUUCGAAACACCAAUUAUUUAUGAUGUUAGAGCUAAACCAAGAAGUAUUGCUUCUUUAACCGGAACAAAAGAUCUCCAAAUGGUAAAUAUCACAUGUCGUGUUCUAUCAAAACCAAAAGUUGAAGAACUAUCAACAAUAUAUAGAACCCUUGGAGUUGAUUAUGAUGAACGUGUUUUACCUUCUAUUGUAAAUGAAGUUCUCAAAUCAGUUGUUGCUCAAUUCAAUGUCUCACAAUUAAUUACUCAGCGUGAAAAAGUAUCAAGAUUGGUGAGAGAAAAUUUAAUACGUCGUGCAGAAAAAUUUAAUAUCAUUUUGGAUGAUGUGUCCAUCACUCAUGUUGCGUUCUCGCCGGAAUUUACUCAAUCAGUCGAGGCCAAACAAAUUGCUCAACAGGAAGCACAACGUGCAUUUUUUAUAGUGGAACGAGCAAAACAAGAAAAACAAUCAAUCAUUAUUAAGGCUGAAGGUGAAGCUAAAUCUGCUGAAUUGAUUGGUGAGGCUAUCAAGAACAAACCUGGAUUUAUUGAAUUAAGAAAAAUUGAGACAGCUAGGGACAUUGCUUCUACUUUAUCACGUUCUCAAAAUCGUGUACUAUUGGAUUCUGAUACUUUAUUAUUAAAUGUUUCUGAUCCUGCAAGGUGA